UAGUGAGGUGGGGAAUUUCCAUAGAGUGAUGCAAAGAAUGUAACAGAAAAUAUAGAAAAAUUCAAAAGGGGUCGAUAGAAAGAAGUUGCAGACCUCUUUCUCUUAAUCUUUUGUUUGGUUUGGAGGGCAGUUGGUGAUUUUUUUUUCAAUAUUAGGCCUUGUCUUCUCCUUUAAAGUCUCCCAUAUCAUUUGCUCAUUUCGUAACAUCUCUCCCCUCUCAUAUUUUCCAACUCAAUUCUUUCAUUGUUCCCAAAAUCCUAUAAAAACUUCCCCAAAACAACAAGAAAUCUGGGAUUGAUCGGGAAUCAUUUGGAAGCGAAGGUGUUUCGAACUCUAGUUUUUGGAAACAUUUUCGUAAAAAAUGGCCGUCAAGAAGGUCUUCACAUGGAGGUCUAUUCUCCCAGACUGCUACAAAUCUGGGGUUCCACCAAAAAAGAGCAGCAAGAAAGUGGCGGCGAAACAAACCUCAUUCCAAAGACUUUCACUAACUGAUCUGAGCAAUCCAAGCACAACAUUUUCGGAAGAUCUCUCGAUAUCUCUUGCAGGCUCUAAUCUUCACAUCUUCACACUUGGGGAGCUGAAGAUGAUCACGCAGAGCUUCUCAUCCAGCAACUUUCUCGGGGAAGGCGGGUUUGGGCCCGUGCACAAAGGGUUCAUUGAUGACAAGCUGAGGCCUGGUUUGGCGGCUCAGCCAGUGGCGGUGAAGCUCUUGGACUUGGAUGGCACACAGGGCCAUAGGGAGUGGCUGACUGAGGUGGUUUUUCUUGGGCAACUGAGACAUCCACACCUUGUGAAGCUCAUAGGCUAUUGCUGUGAAGAUGAACACAGGCUUCUGGUUUACGAGUACAUGCCAAGAGGCAGCUUAGAGAACCAGCUAUUCAGAAGGUAUUCGGUGUCGCUUCCAUGGUCCACAAGAAUGAAAAUUGCGCUUGGAGCUGCAAAAGGCCUUGCCUUCCUCCAUGAAGCAGAGAAACCAGUCAUCUAUCGUGACUUUAAAGCUUCAAACAUCUUGUUGGACUCUGACUAUACUCCCAAGCUCUCAGAUUUUGGAUUGGCAAAAGAUGGUCCAGAAGGAGAUGAGACACAUGUUUCCACUAGAGUUAUGGGCACACAAGGCUAUGCUGCUCCUGAAUACAUCAUGACAGGUCACUUGACAGCAAUGAGUGAUGUGUAUAGCUUUGGAGUUGUGCUAUUGGAGCUUCUAACAGGGAGGAGAUCCGUGGACAAAAACAGACCUCAAAGAGAGCAAAACUUAGUUGAGUGGGCAAGGCCUAUGUUAAAUGAACCCCGGAAACUCAGCCGGAUCAUGGACCCAAGACUCGAAGGCCAGUACUCCGAACUUGGGGCUAGAAAGGCCGCGGCAUUGGCUUUCCAAUGCCUCAGCCACCGGCCAAAACAAAGACCAAAAAUAAGUGAAGUGGUCAAGACCUUGGAGCCACUCAAGGAUUUUGAUGACAUCCCCUUUGCAUUCGUGUACACAGUUCCAUCUGAAUCAGAUAAUUCGAUUAAAGACGUAAAAGACGGUGAUGCACAGAAGGAAUUGAAGAAAAAGAACAACCACCAUAACUACAAGCAUCAUCAGCUAAGAUCACCAACUGAAUCCGAUAAUUCGAUUAAAGACGUAAAAGAAGGUGAUGCACAGAAAGAAUUGAGGAGGAAGAAGAAGAACCACAAUCACCACAAGCAUCAUCAAAUAAGAACACCAAGGUCUCCACGUUACUUCUCAGAGAAUCUGUUGCAACAAAACCAUAGAAAUAAUGGCUUCAAAUCUCCUUUCCACCAAAGAUUCAAGGGAGCAUAGAGUCGUACUAAAAUACAUGUACAAUCACACUUUAAAAUGUAAAUACAGAUUUGACAAAGUUGCCUUUGACAACUCUUUCUUAA